AUGGAGUGCCUAUAUGCUGAUCCUGAACGCAGGGCAUAUGAUUUAUUGGGGUUGUACUAUGGUCUUGGUCGGACAUUCUUCAAUCCUGCCAGUACAAAGGUUUUCUCAAGGUUUGAAUCCCUGAAAAUGGCUAUGGAGAACUAUACAAUUCAAGCUACACCUAACGACAGAAGUAGUGUUUUGCAACAGGGAGGAAUGUUUGUCUUUAAAGGGAAGAAACUGUUGUAUGCUCGGAAAGAUGAAGGAACCGGAGACCAUGCCCCGUUAGAUGACGUUUUUAGUGCUUGCAAUGUGUCAGUUGCAUAA